CCAUCGGUUGCUUGUCACCUCCUAUCCUGCCGCUUUUGUUUUCGUUUUUUUUUGUAUUUUUUUUUCAGUAUUUUUCAACACUUGUAUAUUGACAACGUGGCAACAAGCGGUAGUGGACGGAGGAAGAUAAGCCGCCCCUCAGCCGCAUCGUUUUCUAUUUACAGUACAUGCAACGCACCGGAUCAGUAGAACGUUCACGAGGCCUCCUCCGCAGCGACUCCAACGUCAUUGUGCGCACGUCCUCCUCUCCCUCCCGUCUAAACCCUGAUCCCCGCCCAGAUACUGCCUAUUCGACUUCAAUAACCUCGAAACUCUCCACCGCGUCCAAUUCACCGAUAUUCAGUCCGAGUUCUUCGCCGCCUCGAUCUCUGCGAGAGAGUGGGCGAAGUAAUAGUUUGCCAUUGUUGGAGACGGCUAGAAAUCUGGCGGGGUCUUUACCUCCAUUGUAUGCUGAGCAAAAUGAAAAAGUUUUCUUGACGCAUUGCUGGGUUGUUUUAAGGCAUUGGGGACUGGGAGGACGAAGAGUCAAUCGACUGGUGCUUCUUGCGUUAUUCUUCCUUCUGGUGAUACUGGUGAUUGCCUAUACGGGUUACUUACCUCCUACGCAUAUGGGAUUUUCUGAUCAACCUCCUACUACAUCCUCGGAUCCCGAUGCGGCGGUCUUGAAUCUCGAAACGGGGUUUACGCCUAUUGAAUCGCAAGACCAAGAUGCAGAUCUGCCGCUAUCCGACUGGUCGCGAUAUCGACAGUACGGAAUCGUCAUCGAUGCUGGGAGCUCCGGGUCAAGGGUCCAGGUCUAUUCGUGGAUAGAUCCAAUGCAUAUUCGCCAAUUAGCAGAGAAAGCAACCAAACACGAGAGAGAGAAAAUGCUGAGGCGCCUAUCCGUAAUUGAAAAAGGCGAUGAAAACGGCGAGAGAUGGCAGUUUAAGGAGGAUCCAGGCAUAUCUAGCUUUGCAGACACGCCCGAUCAAGUUGGGAGACAUUUGAAGCCGCUUCUUGACUUUGCCUCGUCUGUCGUGCCCACUCGAAAACAUGCUAGUACCCCCAUAUAUCUGCUCGCCACGGCCGGUAUGCGUCUCAUCUCCCCAACGGCUCGUACCGCUAUCCUCAGUCAUACUUGCGAAUACGUGCGAUCCCACUACCCAUUUGCCACAAAUGGUGGAUGCGAUCUCCAUUUCCGCGUCAUUUCCGGCGAAUUAGAAGGAAUCUACGGUUGGAUUACUGUCAAUUACUUAAAGAACGGAUUCGGCGGCACAUCUACGCGGAAGAGAAAACACACUUUUGGAUUCCUGGACAUGGGCGGUGCGUCGACGCAGAUUGCUUUUGAACCAACGGCGGAUAUGGCUCGUAAACAUGGUGAUGAUUUGACGGGAUUAAGAAUGAGGUUCUUGGAUGGAACUGAGUUGGCGUAUUCCGUAUUUGUGACCACGUUUCUGGGAUUUGGUAUGAAUGAGGCUAGAAGGCGGUAUUUGGAGACCUUGAUAAAAGGGAAUAGUUUGGACGAGCGGCGGUAUUCACUGCCGUAUUCACGAGCCCCCCAAGGCGCUUUGUCCGAUGGAGCAACAUCGCCCGUCAUAAUUCCCGAUCCCUGCCUUCCUCUGAAUCUCCUCCUUAAUGACACAUCCCACGUUCCCCACGACACUAAACCGCUGCUCCUAAAAGGCACAGGGGCGUUCUCAACCUGCCUGGAAGCCCAGAUCCCUCUCCUGAACAAAUCGCUACCGUGUCCUGACAUCCCAUGCCUAUUUAAUGGCGUGCACGCCCCUAUAUCCGAUGCUCUGCAUUUUCUGGGUGUGUCAGAAUACUGGUACACUUCAUCCCAAGUGUACGGUCUAGGGGGUGCAUAUAACCAUUCGAUUUUCUAUCGUACUACCGAAACCUUUUGUUCGCAACCUUGGGAAGAUAUCGAGAGGAUGCAUGCGGAAGGGGCUUUUCCUCAAGUUUCUGAUUUGGAUCGGUUAAGACUGCAAUGCUUCAAGAGUGCGUGGAUCAUGAAUGUUUUGCAUGAGGGACUGGGUGUGCCGAGAGAUAGAGUGCGAGUUCCUGGGGAUGAGGAUGAGGAUGGGAAAGGAGUCGAUGUGGAGGGGGAGGGGGCAUCCAACUUUGAAAGCGUGGACCAGAUUGGCAACUUUGGGGUGUCGUGGACGUUGGGUGCUGUCCUUUUACAUGUGGCUGCAACUGUCCCCAGAUCACCACAAGAUACGCUGGGCACUGGAAAAUUUGGAAUGGGCUUAGUACUGGGUGCAGUAGUGGUGGGUGUAUUGAGUGUCAUAUAUAUUCGUGUUCGUCGAAAAAGACGGCGGGGUGGCUACGGCGCCCUUGGAACGAAUACUGGGCAGGAACCCGAUAUUCGCAUGUGGGGAGUAGAUAGAUUGGCGGAAGAGGGUGGGAUUGAUAUUAUUUUGGAGGAUGUGGCUGGGGAGUCGGUUGGGGAGCCGUUGGAGCCGUGGCAAGAUAACGCGCGGCUGCCGCCGUGA